GAAAUACCCGCCAAAUCAGAUAAUGCUCUCUUUCUUCUUAACCCCCAAACAAAACAAAAACCAAAUCCAUAAAAAAAAUUGAGCGAAUCCAAGUAGUAGUCCCUACUAAACUGAUUCAAUCAGGGUUCUUACUUAUCAUUCUAAUCUCAAUCAAGAAGCAAACCCUAGAUUCUUCAUUUUACCUUUCCCAACAAACCCUAGAUUUCAUGGGCUAGACACAGAUCUGAUCACAAACCCCAGACAAAUGGCGAUAAUUAGUGAUGCACUACGACAAGCAUUUAUGCCAAAACAUGAAUACGAAAGUUUAAGAGAAGAAGAAAAAGCAUGGAGUCGUAUACAGAGACCUAUUGUAUUAGUUAUUGUAGUGAUUUUAGGUUUAAUGGUGUUAACCUCAGUUACAAUUAGUUUAAAUAUUGUGUUUCCAUCUGAUAUUGGGAAUAGACCCUUUUGUCAUCAAAGGGUUCAGAUUACUGAUAAUGGAGUAAUAGGAGAAGGGAGUGGAGAAUCAGAUUUGUUUCCUGGGGCUUUUUAUUUGACUGAACAAGAAGCUGUUGAUUAUUAUUGGAUGGUUGUGUUUAUACCUUCUGCGAUUAUUUUCGUUGUGUCUUUGGUUUAUCUUCUCGCAGGAAUGGCUGUUGCAUAUUCUGCACCAACAAGAAACGGAUGCUUAAGGGUUGUGGAAAACAACUAUUGCGCCUCAAAAAGGGGUGGAGUUCGCUGUCUAUCUAUUCUCAACAUUGUAUUUGCCAUCAUCUUCGGUCUUCUCGCUGUGUUUCUUGGUUCAAGCCUCCUCACACUUGGCAGCAGUUGUACCCUUCCCCUGUUCUGGUGUUACGAGAUUGCUUCAUGGGGUCUGGUCAUUUUCUAUGGAGGAACUGCAUUCUUGUUGAGAAGAAAGGCAGCUACUAUUCUUGACGAGGGCGACUUUGCAGGUCGAAAUUUUGGAUUGGAGAUGUUGGAGGCAGCCCCUCAGGAGGUGACUCCAGAAGUGGAGAGGCGCGUGAAUGAAGGCUUCAAGACAUGGAUGGGUUCAUCCCUUUUAUCUUCCGACGAUGAAGAUGGGCCUGACGAUUAUCUGGAGGUGGCUUAUCCAACCCGAACCAACUCUGGCAGCCGACAACGUGUAUGACCUAUAUAUUUCUCUUAGUUGGGUGAAUGACUUCUUCCCUGUAACCUUUUACUGGUAUUUGCCAAAUGUUUGUUACCACAUACAACUGGGGGAGACCAGAAAGCUAGUCUUAGAAAGUAGAAUGUGUUAACAAUUUUGUGAAUGGAAAGUAAAGAAAGUGGCACAGAUUCCACUUGUAAUCAUACACUGAGUAAAGGAUGUCUUUCUUAUAGGUUGUAAUUGCUGAGUAUAUUCAGUGCAAGGAGAUUGAAAAUUUAUGUGAAUAAUCUUCUGAAUUCUUAUUACCGACUCAAUAUGAUGCUUAAAAUUUUUCAA